AAUCAGUAAAUAAUACUAAUAUUAUAUAGUCUCAUAUUGCAAAUAAUAUUGCUGUUAUAAAAAAAUAAUACCCAUAGAUGUCGCAAUGAGUACACGUUAUAAUACCUACGUUACUAUUGUGGUUUACUCUGUAAGCAGUUAGAACUACAUAUUUAAAUGUAAUUUUUUGGAGGAAAUAUUGACACUAAAGAUAAAAAUGAGUGAAGAAAUGGAAUCUUCUGGUGGACCCUUAAAUAGUUUAUUUUCAUUUACAAAUCCAUCGGUUAAGAAAUUACUCGGCUGGAAACAAGGAGACGAAGAGGAAAAAUGGGCAGAAAAAGCAGUUGAUGCACUAAUGAAAAAAUUAAAGAAAACAAAAGGCGCUACUGAGGAUUUACAGAAAGCUUUAAGUUCACCAGGACAGCCAAGUAAAUGUGUUACCAUACCAAGAAGUCUUGAUGGGCGAUUACAAGUAUCUCAUAGAAAAGGUUUACCACAUGUAAUUUACUGUCGAGUGUGGCGUUGGCCAGAUCUACAAUCUCAUCAUGAACUCAAAGCAGUAGAUCAUUGUCAGUUUCCGUUUUCUUCUAAACAGAAAGAUGUCUGUAUAAAUCCGUAUCAUUACCAAAGAGUUGAAAGUCCGGUCUUACCGCCAGUAUUAGUUCCUCGUCAAAGUGAAUAUGCGCCAACAUCACAACCAUCAAUGCAACAAUAUCAACCACCAGUAGAUAGUGGUAUGCCAAUGAAUGUGUCUUUAAAUUCAGAUGGGUUCCCUGAAAAUGUAUUGACUCCAAAUUCUAUUACAUCCAACAUUCCUAAUCAAAUUCCAUCUACAAAUACUAUAAAUUCUUUUCCAGAAGCAACUUUAAUUGAGAAUACACAAUUUUCAUUGACAGAAGAUUUAAGUAAAGACGACAAUGUAAUAGAAAAAACUACUAAUCUAGAAGAUCUCGAUGGCAUUCCAAUAGUGUAUCAAGAACAACCAUGUUGGGCUAGUAUAGCAUAUUAUGAGCUGAAUUCUAGAGUUGGUGAAGUUUAUCAAUGUCAUUCACCUCAUGUGGUUGUUGAUGGAUUUACAAAUCCCAGAAAUGAUUUAAAUCGAUUUUGUCUUGGUCAAUUAUCUAAUGUAAACCGAAACUCAACCAUAGAAAAUACUAGACGACAUAUAGGCAAAGGAGUUCAGUUAUAUUAUGUUGGUGGUGAAGUUUUUGCUGAAUGCUUAUCUGACUCUGCUAUAUUUGUUCAGUCUCGAAACUGUAACCAGCAUCAUGGAUUUCAUCCAUCUACUGUGUGCAAAAUACCACCAGGUUGUUCAUUACGAAUUUUCAACAACCAGGAGUUUGCAGGAUUGUUAUCACAAUCAGUUAACCACGGUUUUGAAGCUGUUUUUGAAUUAACAAAAAUGUGCACUAUACGAAUGUCAUUCGUCAAAGGAUGGGGAGCUGAUUAUCACCGACAAGAUGUUACUAGUACUCCAUGUUGGAUCGAGAUACAUUUGCAUGGACCUCUACAGUGGCUUGAUAAAGUACUUACGCAAAUGGGUAAACCCCACGAUGCUAUUACUUCACAUUCAUAAUGUCAUGCUAUAUUAGCCUUUAAACUCAUCAGAUAUUCCAAGAUACAUAAAAAUAUGUGUAAUAAAUCUAAUAAAAAAGAAGGUAGGCUGCCUAAGUAUAAAUAAUUAACUCUAAAAAAAUUCCCCUUAUUUUAUUUAUAAAUUAUAUUUUGUAGAAGUGUACUAUGUAUGUGAUUUUUUUUUAUACUUUGUAUUAGUUAAUAAUAAUUUUAAUCUAGUCAUAUAUUUUUAUUAUUUUAUGCAACUACUAAAAUACCUACUAUAAUUAGUAUGUAUGAUAAAUAGCUAGUCAUAUUUUUUAUUACCAUAUCAACUGCUGUGCUUGUCCUGAAUAAAACUUAGAAGUAUUUUAAUGUGACAAAAUUCUAUAUGUACU